UGAUCCAGGCUCACACAUGUAACCCGACACUAAUGGGGGAUGGUGUGUGCACAACACAAGCGAGUGAGCGCUUAUUAUUUAUCCAGCACAGACUCUCUGAACUCUGUGUGCCUUAGCAGCUUACUCCCCGAGCACCUCACGAGCACAUACAGUACACGCGUGUAGCCGAACAAACGGUCUGCACUGGAGUUAUUUUUUUGUCCUCCACGAGGAAAAUGUGGACGAGAUCGGAGCGGUGUGGAAAGUGAAGAGUGUCUGGAGAGAGAUGUGUCUGCAUCUGUCGCACACUUGAUCUUAUCAGCCAGAAAGAUCAAGUGCCCGGGUUACCCGUGUUAAAAGACAGUGGACAUUCUCACGCGAACGUCGGCACGUGCUGAGUAAAGUACGGCAAAUGGCACGAGCGGAUUCAUGAAGAAAUAACGGACAUCGGUGAAUUCACGUAUUAACGUUACUGUUACACUGUAGGCCUCUCUGCUAAACUUACACUUGCUGGCCAACAUUGCUCACCCUGUAGGAGAAAUGGGUCUAAUUUUCGCCAAAUUGUGGAGUUUCUUUUGUAAUCAAGAACACAAGGUGAUUAUUGUGGGACUGGACAAUGCUGGGAAGACCACUAUACUAUAUCAAUUUUUAAUGAAUGAGGUGGUGCACACAUCUCCUACAAUUGGUAGCAAUGUUGAGGAAAUAGUGGUUAAGAAAACACACUUCUUGAUGUGGGAUAUUGGUGGUCAAGAAAGUCUCCGGUCUUCGUGGAACACGUACUACUCCAACACAGAGUUCAUCAUACUGGUUGUGGACAGUACGGACAGAGAAAGACUAGCCAUUUCUAAAGAAGAGUUAUACAGAAUGCUUGCUCACGAGGACCUGCGCAAAGCUGCGGUCCUGAUCUUUGCCAAUAAGCAAGACAUGAAGGGUUGCAUGUCCGCAGCAGAGAUUUCUAAAUACCUGACCCUCAGCUCUAUUAAGGAUCAUCCAUGGCACAUUCAGUCCUGCUGUGCGCUCACUGGAGAGGGGCUGUGUCAGGGUUUAGAAUGGAUGACCUCAAGAGCUGGACUCAGAUAGCCACCAAUUCUCCUUAUUGGAUUGAUGGACAACAAUCACAGGCUCAUCCCAUUGGCUGCUUAUGUUUUUGUUUUUAACCUCUUGAUCAAAAAUGAUGCUUUUUGGCUGGACUCUGGACACCUACCUCAGCUGGGAUUUAUCAGUGAACUGAAUCUUCUUAAAAAAACUUGUUGAUCAAUAUGUCAGGAGCAACUGGAUUACACAAUGGGUGGAUAAGACAAGAGAAGGAAUUCCAAAGUCUGAAGUAUUUUUUGCUUAAAGAGAGACACUGCUGAAUGUUAUGUGAUAUAUGGGGAAAAUUGUGUGUGUUUUUAACACUCUGGCAGUGGGUUGGAGAUUCACUGGAUGGUUAUAUUAAGUUAAUCAUGUUUUAUGUUGUCCUAUAUCCUCUACUGGGAAGAAAUAUUUGAAUGGUUAUGUUCUCUUUUGGUUGGUUGUUUUCAUGUUGCUUUUUCAGAGCACUUUGGUUAUUUGUUGCCAUUGGUCAACUGUGUGUUUCUGAUGACCUUAUUUGGGUAUCAGGUGUUUAAAACACCACUGGUGCCCACCACCACACUACAUAUCAUGAAGACAACGCAUAUCAGAUCACUUGGUACACGGGUGGGGAACCCUGUCAGGGAGGGCCACUGUCCUGCAGAGUUUAGUUCCAACCCUAAUUAAACACACCUGAAAAUUCAAGUAAAAAAAAUCAGGUGUGUUUGGUUAGGGUUGGAACUAAGCUCUGCAGGACAGUUGCCCUCCAGGACCCAGGGUUCCCCACUCCUGACUUAGUACAUAUUACCUCAGUCAUUUGGUACACUAGAGGGUGCUCUUGCUAUUUAAGACGUGUCCAUUACAGCUUAAAAUGUCAUUUAUGAUGCAAUUUAAAGAUGGACGCCUGUCAGUGUAAGAUGUGUUUCAGGUAUUUGCUUUUAUUGUUGUAAGAUAAGGCAGUGUGGCUUUUUGUCUUUUAUGUAUAUUCAGUAUUUUUAAUUUUUGAUAAAAUGGCACAUGCUAGAAUGCAGCAGUUGGGAGGACUUGAUGUAAAGCCUUUUACAAAUGUGUGUGUGUGGGUCUGUGUGCAAGCUUUGACCAUGAAAAUGUCCAACCAACACUGCUACUCUGCAGAUUAAGACAGAGCCCAACACUGCAGGUGAACUAGCAUGUUUUUGUUUAGGGUCAUUCAUUUACCAUGAGGAAAUAAUAAUGAAGAGAAACUCAUUGAUAAAGCUUCCAGUAUUAUAAUUUUAUAAACAAUUGGUAUUUUUACCCAAUCCCUUGCAAGUAAUUCGCCACAAUUAAACUAUGUAGUGUGAUGUCUUUAUAGGUCAAAAAGCUGAAACAGUUGUGUGUGCUUAUUAUAUAAAUUGAUGCAAUUUGUUCAGAUGUUUUAAAGUCAGACAUUUAACUCCUUGAUUUUGUAUUAUCCAGGUUGCAUAACACAAUGUGAAUGAAUAGUGAUUCUGCCAAUAUGUUUCUUGUUCAAUCUGAAACUUGUCCUAUGUACAAUGAUUUUUAAUGCGCUGUGCUUGGUAAAGGGAAAUUUUUACAAGACCUGGAUACAGCGAUUACAAAUUGGUGCUCUCCCUACCAGCAUUUGGAUCUGUUGGUAUAGUUGUUAUUGGCUGCUGAUGUAGGAAAUCAAUCAUAUUGCCUGCUUUUGCUUUCUUUCCUGUUUGUUAGGGUUUUCUGUUGUGAGGCCACACUGUGGAUGGUCUUUAAAUUUUUUAUCAUAAUUACAAUUUCUUACAGGGGCUUCUCAGACUGGAAAUGAGAAUUAGAUGAAACAGCAAUGAAAUUAAUUUUGGGCUUUUUGACCAUUAGCAUGAAAGAGUUCGCCAGAUGUAUGUAAACUGCUCUCAGACCAUCUUUGCUUUUUAAGUGCACAACAUUGCAAACUCGUGGCCGGUUGAAUAAACUUCUAAGACUUGUCUUAAAAGUUAGUCAUGUAUUUUUUCUUCAAGACUGGUCAUAAUUGGUCAACUAAUUGCGAGUUGGUCAGACUAGUUCUCAAGACACAAUCUUAAUUUUGCGGCUAUGUUUAUGCAACCGGCCACUGAUAUCGGUUAAUUGGUACCAUUUUAAAUAGAGGUACAUUGACAAAACUAUUUGAAAGUAGAAUGGGAGUGACAAGUUGUUGCAAAUGCUUUAGAGAAAUGAAAUAUUUAGUUUCUUUACUGAAGGUCAAUACAUUGUUUUAAAGAUGUGCCAUUUUUGAAUGAGCAGGUGACAUCUGUAGCAUCUUACCUAAUUCUUAUAAUUUUAUAAUAAAAGCUUUUAUUUGGAAACCUAAAA